UUCGAUCACAUAGCCCUUCUACUUUUGAUGAAUGAUGCUAGAGCCUCUGAUCUCACUACGUUGAAUCUUACCGCAUUUGAUUUUUAUAUUGCUAGUUCGGACGAAGCAGAUCCGAACUUGCGAGCCAUGUUACAUUACUGCCGACCAAAGCGCAUAGAUGGUAAAGUGAACCUUAGCGGUAGCACUAACACUUUAUCGAAGGUUUUGAUAGCUGGUAGACCAAAGGAAUGGUUAACGCGAUUCUCAAGCCAGCUAGGAAUAACUGGUGAGUCGGAGACAGCAUCAAGUAUGUUGGAAAUGCGUCAGUGGCGGGAUUAUUGGACAAAAACAAAUGGCACUGAUGGCCGAUUUAGCCGAGUGGGUAGGCUGUGA